UCUCUGUCAAAUGAUGUCGCUUUAUCAGCCGAUACUAUGCAGCUUGCUACUUCUGCGCAUUGUCUACUUUCCACAGCAUUGGUGAACGUGACCAACGCUACGGGCAACAAGUGCACGGCACGUCUACUGCUGGACAACGGUAGCACGGCGAACUUUGUUACGCAGAGCCUGUCGGAGAAACUGGGUUUGUCACAACGCGGUACGAGCACCAAGGCAAAAACAAAAUGGUUCCAUUCAUCAGACGAGGUGAAACUUGGAGCUCUCGUCCUGAUCAAGGACAAGACAGCACCUCCGCUACUGUGGUGCCUGGGUCGGGUCGUAAAGAUCUACCCUGGCGUGGACGGCGUCACAAGGGUGGCCGAACUCAAGACGAAGAUGGGCACCUUUCGUCGUGCCUUCAACUGCAUCUGCCCUCUUCCUGAGCAUUGAAGACAUCACUUCAACCCCGGGAGUCUGUUGGCGCGCAAGCGACGACAGUGGACGGCUGCGGGGUCUGCGGGCGCCGCGGGGCAUCCGAGCCGGCAGCGAGCCCGAUCUGCCGCGACACCUCACUCGGCCAUUCCGUGCAUUGGGCACCGCACGCACU